CAACCAAUGAGAGCCAAGCACUGUGAGGAUUGUAACAAGUGUGUCCGCAAGUUUGACCACCACUGUCCCUGGCUGGAGGCUUGUAUUGGAGAGAGGAAUCACCGAUACUUCUGGCUCUUUCUCCUGUCAACCUUCGUCCUGAUUGUUUGCACUAUGUACAUUACCUGGAACGCAUUUGAAUUCAAACUGUUUUGGUCUGACUGGCUGGAAACAAAUGCCAUCCUCUUCAUUGAUCUGUUUAUCUUGUGUUUUGGUGGUUUAAUUGUUGUUGGGCUCCUGGGCUUCCAUAGUUAUCUCAUGUUGAAGGGACUAACGACUUGGGAGGCUGCCUCAAGGGAGAGAAUCACGUAUCUGAAAUACCUCGAUGAAGAUUACAACCCGUUUAACGAGGGAGUUUGUCGAAAUUUGUAUCAGUUCCUGUGUGCAUGCGACUUACGAAAAUGGGAGCGAGUUUAUGCUCACAAGGCUAAAGAAGCAAAUGGUGUUGUCUGA